GAAGUUAUAUAUUAUUGGUUACUGUUAUAUUGUGUUUACAGGUUCAAGUAUGAUGGUGGAGAAGUGAGGGAUCUGGCUAGCUGGCCAUCCUUGUACAAAAGUUUACAUCAGUUAUUGCAGGAAAGGCUUGGAGAAUGAUGAGUAUUAUAGUCGAGAGGCAGCUGGUGGAGAUAGUGAUGGGGAGGAAGAAACAGAGGAAAAGACACCUACACUGGAGAUUGCUUCCAUGAAACAUGUACCAGAGGCCUGUUCAGAGAUUGGUACAUUUCUACGAGACACAUUGAAUGGAGCCUUCGCGAAUGAUAUGGCAUUGUUGUGCAAGUAUGAUGGUGGAGAAGCCAGACAGCCAUCUUUGAACAAGAGUGUAUACCAGUUAUUGCAGGAGAGGAACAAGGAACACUUCCUCAGUUAUGUCCAGUUUCAGAAGUCUGUCAACGAUGCUCGGAAUUCAGAGCAGUCUGUUUCCAUGGUGAAGUCACGCAUUGAGAAGAAACUCCACAAGCUUUUCUCACAGAAGUCCACAGACCUGAAACUGGCCAGCAUGGGUACUCUUCUGCCUUCAUGGAGAACAGCAUGGGUUCUCUUCUGCCUUCAUGGAGAACAGCAUGGGUACUCUUCUGCCUUCAUGGAGAACAGCAUGGGUACUCUUCUGCCUUCAUGGAGAACAGCAUGGGUUCUCUUCUGCCUUCAUGGAAUACAGCAUGGGUUCCCUUCUGCCUUUAUAACCCUGUCCUUUCUACAACCUGGCUAAAACCCUACAAAUGGCAAUAUGGACAUGAUAAGCAAGCUUAUAUUAUUUGUUGUGCCUUUGAUUGACUAAUAAAAACUGGCAAGUGCAUGAGGUUACUGACCUGAAGACAGCUGUAUUUGACCUCACCUGUCCAUACCAGACUUUUAAAUUGUUGUCAUCGGCAAUCCGACCGGAAUCCUGGUCACUUUCUGUUUAUGGAAAUAUGAUUAUAAAGGUACUCAGUGUUGCGUUUGGGUGGAAAUGCAUAGUUGUAACACCAGUCACUUAAGCCACCUUUUUCCUCCGAGACAAGAGGCUCAUGUGGACAUUCCCUGCAGUUUACGGCAGAGCUCUCAAUUAUAGCCCUACAAACUUCAGGUACUGCCAAUGGUGCAGAUCCAGUGCACCAGGCCAGUUUUCCAGCCGUCUGGAAUUGACAUCUCCAUCGGAACUGUAGCCAGGAUUAAUAUCAGACUCCUUAACAGCAUGGACCUCUUUCUUUGGUGGAUGGAUUCAGAGAUGACCCCAGAGAUGACCACAGAGAUGUGGCCUUGAGUGUGUCACAUGGACGUUAAUUUAUAGUGACUGUAAAGAAAUGGUGAUAGCAGAAACACGAAACUAACUUGAUAUGGUUUUCUGGUGUUAAAUCAACAGACAAAGUGUUCAUAAGUUGUUGGAAAAUAGUGCUAGGGCUGAAACUCUUUUGCAAAUUCAUAAUGACCUUGACCCGGGUCCAUACCUCAAAGGUCAAGGUCACAUGAGACAUUUAAAGGUCAGGGUACACAUGCUCGUGUCCACGCUAUAACGUACUUAUGCAUUGAUGGAUAACCAUAUUACUUGGUACAAAUCUUGUCCUCAUUGAGACCAUGUGCAGUGACCUUGACCCGGGUCCAUACCUCAAAGGUCAAGGUCACACAACACAUUUAAAGGUCAUAGUACACAUGCUCGUGGCCAGGCUAUAACUUACUUAUGCAUUGAUGGAUUACCAUAUUACUUGGUACAAAUGUUGUCCUCAUUGAAACGAUGUGCAGUGACCUUGACCCGGGUCCAUACCUCAAGUCAAGGUCACACGAGACAGACAUUUAAAGGUCAGAGUACACAUGCUCGUGUCCGCGCUAUAACUUACUUAUGCAUUGAUGGAUUUCCAUACAUUACUUGGUACAAAUGUUGUCCUCGUUGAGACAAUAAAGUCAUUUAUACAACAAAGGCAUCGUUUAUUUUUUUAGAUAUUACUUAUUAGUGUUAAUAAGUUGACUUUGUUCAAAAUAAAACUCACUUUGCUAGACUUUGCCUGACUUUGCUUGGCCUUGCUUGACUUUGAUAUUGUACCAUGCAAAUAUGCCUUAUUCCCAUUCUCAUAAAGACAAAUAAAAAACAAAGACAUCGUUUUGUUUUUAAAUAUUACUUAUAAGUGUAAAU